AUGAAACUUGGCGGUGAUUAUGGGAUAUUGUGUGUUUUAUUUACAAUUUUAACACCAGUGAUAUCUAUAGAUUGUUAUGCCUGUACAUCAUUAGGUGGUAACAACGAAGGAUGUGAAGAUAGUUUUGAACGAACACUAAAAACUGUACAUUUUAUAGCCAGAGAUUGUUAUUAUGGUUAUUUUAGAGGAACACAUUGUUAUAAGCUAAAAGGAGAGAGAGCGGAUGGAAGCAGUAUAAUGGUUAGACACUGUUCAGACAGCCACUGGGGCAGCCAUUGUGGUGAUAUCAAGUAUACUAAUGAGCAUAACGUAGAAGAAAAAAUCAAGGGAUGUUUGGAAACUUGCGACCAUGAUGGUUGUAAUACAGCAACACAGAAACAAUUUAACUUCAGCCUUGUUAUUAUGGCAGUUCUAAUGACUAGUGCAUUAUUAUUGUGA